AUGCCCCCCAACAGCAAGAAAAACCAGGUAAAGAAGCGGACUCUAGAGUUCUGGUCUACGGGGAAGGUACAGUAUAGAUACAGCCAGUCAACAUCUCACCUCAGAUUAUUUUUGCUCUGUUCCUUAGAGGCUGAAUUUGGCAAUAACAUAUUAACCUGCGUUUGCCUCUUGCUAAAUGUAGGGUGUCCCAUCAAAAACGCAUAUUUUGACCAAUGGGUAAAAUAAUAUGUUAAUUGUGUAGAUAAUCCUCUAAGAAAACCAAUGCUCCAAACCAUGUAUCUAUUGUAAGGUUCUGUAUUUAUUUUCUUAGUCAACCUUGUGUUCUUGAACGUAGCCCUGUCUUUCAUUUUUGUUUUUACUCACCUGGUCUCAUCAGCUCAGUUCAUUCUGUUUGUGCCUUGUGAGGUAUUGUUCGUUUUUGAUUCUACUAAGCCUUUUCCUAGCUCGUUUGUGAGAACCAGUUAUAGCCUUCAGUCCUAGUUUUGAUUCACCUGCCUGUUUGCCUACCGGUGUAUGACCAUUGCCUGCUUGUGACCACGAUUCCUGCCUUCUGUGAAGGCGAAAUAAACACCUGCCGCGCUCUACAUGUGAAUCUACACCUUUUUCUCCCUGAGUAUUCAUUACAGAAUACCUCACCUAAAAACUGAAUGGAUUCAGCGGAGCUACAGCGGCGCAUAACCCAGCAAGAGGAGCGUAUGGAGGAAAUCUGCCAUUUUCUCCGCCAGCCUAUCCCUACUCCUCCGAUGCCAGGUAUCGUAACCCGAUCACUCUCCUUCCGGUCGUCCUAUAGGAGACCUCCUCAUAGAACUUCAACGAGGACGCAAUUCAGCUGCUGAGUAUGCCCUUGAGUUCCGCACCAUGGCUGCAGGGAGUGGAUGGAGUGAGGCUGCUUUACUUACCGUCUACCGAAGAGGGCUCAACAGGGAACUUCAGGCAGAGCUACACUGUAGAUGUGAACUUCAGGAUUUAAAUCAAUACAUUCGUACGUCCAUCUCCAUCGACCACCUCAUCGCCACCCAGGAACCCGAAAACCUUCUCUUUCCAUGAUUCCGUCAUCCCGUCCGAGUCUUCCAGAUCCCAUGCAGUUGGGCCAUGCUCCUCUUCCGUGUAUCGAACGCCAAAGGCGGAUCCAAGAAGGGCUCUGCCUAUACUGUGGAGGGAAAGAUCAUCUACUCAGCCAUUGCCCUGUUCGCCCCCCAUGGAGAGAUGAGAAGGGUCCCUCCGCUGCCAUGCAGGUAGGCGUGUCCUUAUUUCUAAAUAUCUCCCAGAAGCAAUUCUCCAUCCCAGUAUUGAUAACCAUGAAGGGGGUUACUAAGUACGUAGAGGGCUUGAUAGAUUCGGGAGCAGCAGGUAAUUUUAUCGUCACCCAGCUAGUACAAGAGCUUGACAUUGAUCUAACACCUGUCACCCCUCCCUAACAGAUUAACACCCUGGACGGGCAACCAUUGGGCUCGGGCUUCAUUACGCACCUGACACAGAGCGUCACCCUCCAGAUUGGAGUCUUCGACACCAAAACCAUUUAACUCAUGGAACUCUCAUCCCCCAAACAGCCACUCAUCCUCGGACACCCCUGGCUUUGUCAUCACGACCCUGCCAUCUCGUGGAAACAAGUGAAACUACUGUCCUGGUCUUCUACCUGCUUCACCAGUUGUCUCAGCCUACCCUGCAGAGCCACCACCAUUGAGGACUCUGCCUCUGCAGUGCCACCCACCAUACCAUCUGAAUACGCCCAGUACAGUAAUGUCUUCAGCAAAAUCAAGGCCUCCACUCUGCCACCACAUCGCCCAGGGGACUGUGCUAUUGACUUACUCCCUGGAUUGUCCCCACCGAAGGGCCGUGUUUACCCCCUAUCUAUCCCGGAAAAUGAGGCAAUGGAGAAAUACAUUGAGGAAGCACUCAAACUGUUUAAUUUGUCCUUCUUCUUCCCCGGCUGCGUCCAGCUUCUUCUUCGUUGGGAAAAAAGGACGGUGGUCUCCGUCCAUGUAUUGAUUACUGUUCCCUGAAUGACAUCACGGUCAAUAACCGUUUCCCUCUUCCUCUGAUCCCAGCGACCCUUGAACAAGUGGGCCGCGCCAACAUCUAUACAAAACUCGACCUGCGAAGUGCAUAUAACAUUGUCCGUAUACAUGAAGGCGACGAAUGGAAGACGGCCUUUAUCACCACAUGAGGACACUACGAAUACCUGGUCAUGUCCUACGGCCCCCCGCUGUCUUCCAACCCUUUAUGAACAAGGUUUUCCAGGAUAUGAUCAACCGCUUUCUCAUCGUCUACAUUGAUGACAUCCUGAUCUACUCCCACUCCCUGAAGGAACACAUACAGCAUGUACAAAGGGAUCUUCAACGGCUCCUUGACCAUAACCUUUAUGUGAAGACUGAAAAGAGCACCUUCCAUGUAACCUCGGUAAACUUCCUCGGUUUCGUACUGACACCUGGAGGGGUCAGCAUGGAUGACAACAAAGUCACCGCCAUCAGUAACCGGCCCAAACCCACCACCAUUAAGGAACUCCUUUUCAUUGGGUUCUCCAACUUCUGUCGCCGGUUAAUUCUGAACUUCAGUUCUACUGCCGCUCCCCUCACUGCCCUUACCAGCCAAAAGACCCGGACCCUUCAAUGGUCUGAUACCGCCCUGACUGCUUUCAACAACUUGAAACGUCUCUUCACCUCAGCUCCUGUCCUUCGCCAACCUGAUCCGACCCUUCUUUUCACCAUGGAGGUGGAUGCCUCUGAAGUAGGUGUAGGAGCUACAGUGAGGGACAAAAGUAUUUGAUCCCCUGCUGAUUUUGUACGUUUGCCCACUGACAAAGAAAUGAUCAGUCUAUAAUUUUAAUGGUAGGUUUAUUUGAACAGUGAGAGACAGAAUAACAACAAAAAAAUCCAGAAAAACGCAUGUCAAAAAUGUUAUAAAUUGAGAGGGAAAUAAGUAUUUGACCCCCUCUCAAUCAGAAAGAUUUCUGGCUCCCAGGUGUCUUUUUUUACAGGUAACGAGCUGAGAUUAGGAGCACACUUAAAGGGAAUGCUCCUAAUCUCAGUUUGUUACCUGUAUAAAAGACACCUGUCCACAGAAGCAAUCAAUCAAUCAGAUUCCAAACUCUCCACCAUGGCCAAGACCAAAGAGCUCUCCAAGGAUGUCAAGGACAAGAUUGUAGACCUACACAAGGCAGGAAUGGGCUACAAGACCAUCGCCAAGCAGCUUGGUGAGAAGGUGACAACAGUUGGUGCAAUUAUUUGCAAAUGGAAGAAACACAAAAGAACUGUCAAUCUCCCUCGGCCUGGGGCUCCAUGCAAUAUCUCACCUCGUGGAGUUGCAAUGAUCAUGAGAACGGUGAGGAAUCAGCCCAGAACUACACGGGAGGAUCUUGUCAAUGAUCUCAAGGCAGCUGGGACCAUAGUCACCAAGAAAAAAAUUGGUAACACACUACGCCGUAAAGGACUGAAAUCCUGCAGCGCCCGCAAGGUCCCCCUGCUAAAGAAAGCACAUAUACAGGCCCAUCUGAAGUUUGCCAAUGAACAUCUGAAUGAUUCAGAGGAGAACUGGGUGAAAGUGUUGUGGUCAGAUGAGACCAAAAUCGAGCUCUUUGGCAUCAGCUCAACUCGCCGUGUUUGGAGGAGGAGGAAUGCUGCCUAUGACCCCAAGAAUACCAUCCCCACCGUCAAACAUGGAGGUGGAAACAUUAUGCUUUGGGGGUGUUUUUCUGCUAAGGGGACAGGACAACUUCACCGCAUCAAAGGGACGAUGGACGGGGCCAUGUACCGUCAAAUCUUGGGUGAGAACCUCCUUCCCUCAGCCAGGGCAUUGAAAAUGGGUCAUGCAUGGGUAUUCCAGCAUGACAAUGACCCAAAACACACGGCCAAGGCAACAAAGGAGUGUCUCAAGAAGAAGCACAUUAAGGUCCUGGAGUGGCCUAGCCAGUCUCCAGACCUUAAUCCCAUAGAAAAUCUGUGGAGGGAGCUGAAGGUUCGAGUUGUCAAACGUCAGCCUCGAAACCUUAAUGACUUGGAGAAGAUCUGCAAAGAGAAGUGGGACAAAAUCCCUCCUGAGAUGUGUGAAAACCUGGUGGCCAACUACAAGAAACGUCUGACCUCUGUGAUUGCCACCAAGGGUUUUGCCACCAAGUACUAAGUCAUGUUUUGCAGAGGGGUCAAAUACUUAUUUCCCUCAUUAAAAUGUACAUCAAUUUAUAACAUUUUUGACAUGCGUUUUUCUGGAUUUUGUUGUUGUUUUUCUGUCUCUCACUGUUCAAAUAAACCUACCAUUAAAAUUAUAGACUGAUCAUGUCUUUGUCAGUGGGCAAACAUACAAAAUCAGCAGGGGAUCAAAUACUUUUUUCCCUCACUGUAUACUCUCUUAGCGGGUGGGAACACCUCCAAAAUCACAUCCCUGUGCCUUCUUCUCCAGGAAGUUAUCCUCCGCUAAGAGGAAUUAUGAUGUAGGGAACAGAGAACUCCUCGCCAUCAAGCUGGUCCUCGAGGAGUGGCGCCACUGGUUGGAGGGCGCACAACAUCCCAUUCUCGUCCUAACAGAUCAUCGUAAUCUGGAAUAUAUCAGAGGGGCCAAGAGGUUAAACUCCAGACAAGGCCGCUGGGCUCUCUUCUUCCCACGCUUCCAUUUUCAUGUUACUUACAUCCCUGGAAAGAAAAACGUAAAAGCUGAUGCUCUCUCCCGCCAGUUUGACCUUCCAACCAGUAACUCAGACCCUACACCCAUUUUUCCUUCCUCUUGCAUUAUGGGACCGGUACUAUGGGAGGUUCACUCUGCCAUACAAGAAGCCCUAACCUCAGACCCGGCUCCUCCUGAGACACCAGCUGGGAAGAGUUACGUACCAGCAGCUGUUAGACACAAACUGAUGCAAUGGUGUCACACGUCCUUGGGGUCAGGACAUCCAGGCAAUUCACGAACCACCGAACUUCUAGCCCGUAAGUUCUGGUGGUCCUCACUGGCAUCCGACGUAAGGGAUUACGUACUCUCCUGUCCAGUCUGUUCCCAAACCAAAAGCCCUCGUCAUCACCCUUCCGGUAAGCUUCAACCUUUGCCAAUCCCUCACAGACCCUAGUCCCACAUAGCUGUUGACUUCAUCACAGACCUUCCUGAAUCCUCUGGUAACACCACCAUCCUUGUCAUAGUAGACCGUUUUUCAAAAAUGUGUCGUCUGGUUCCUCUUCCUCAUAUACCUAACGCCAUGGAAUUGACUGAGUGUAUGUUCCAGCAGGUGUUCCGUCUGUAUGGGAUUCCGGAGGACAUUGUCUCUGACCGUGGGCCCCAGUUUGUCUCCCUGGUGUGGCGAGCCUUCUGUGACCCUUGGGGUCGCCCUCAGCCUCUCCUCCGGGUACCAUCCCCAGACCAACGGGCAGACGGAACGCCUGAACCAAGAAAUAGGGAUGUACCUCCGCCAACAAUGUUCUGCCUCGCCACACGACUGUAGUCGGUUUAUGGCCUGGGCCAAAUACGCUCAGAACUCAUUCAUGCAUUCAUCCCUCCGCCUUACUCCGUUUCAGUGUGUACUUGGUUACCAAUCCCCCAUGUUUCCCUGGGAGGCGGAGCCUGGUACUGUCCCAGUUGUCGACGACUGGUUUUGGCCUUUUUUUUGUUCUUUUUUUUUGUUGUCAUUUAGCAGACGCUCUUAUCCAGAGCGACUUACAGUUAGUGAGUGCAUACAUGAGAAUGUUUUUUUUUUUUUUUUUUUUUUUUUUACACUGGCCCCCAGUGGGAAUCGAACACACAACCCUGGCGUUGCAAACGCCAUGCUCUACCAACUGAGCUACAUCCCUGCCGGCCAUUCCCUCCCCUACACUGGACGACGCUGGGCCAAUUGUACGCCGCCUCAUGGGUCAUAGUGAGUGGGUAUGGGAGACCGCUCACCGGCAUCUGCAGGAAGCCUCUAAUACCCAGAAACGCUUUUCCGACAGACGCCGCCGACCUACGCCACUCUUUCACCCCGGACAGCGUGUGUGGCUCUCUACCAGAGACAUCCGGCUCCGCCUCCCCUGCAAAGAGUUCUGUCCUCGCUUCAUUGGUCGCUUCAAGAUAACCCAUCGCAUCAACCCUGUCAUGUACCGCCUCCAGUUACCCCGUCAGUAUAAAAUCUCCUCGUCCUUCCAUGUGUCUCUGUUAAAACCGGUCACCUACAGUCCUCUUCAUCCUCCAGUCUCAACCCGCAGUGCGCCCCCACCGUUGGAGGUUGGAGGGGAACCUGCCUACGCCAUUCAGGCCAUCCUUGAUUCCAAACGCCUGAGAGGUCGCAUCCACUAUCUAGUGGACUGGGAAGGUUAUGGGCCUGAAGACCGGUCCUGGGUCCUCAACUAGGACCUCCUCGACCCAGAGAUGAUUCAGGCAUUCCACCGUGAUCGUCCCGCUCCCCGACCUCGGGGUCGACCCCCAAACAGACCCACUGGACAUCAGCCUCGACGCAGAACGUCGGGUCAGUCCACGACCUUGUCGAACCAGCCUGCCGGACCUCGCCCCCGAGGUAGGCGGCCGCAUCUGCUCCCCCGCCCGCCUGCUCCACCCUCCAGUGCCGUUGGGUCGUCAGGAGCCUCCCUUUGGGUAGCCCUGUUUCUUUGUGUUCUUGAACGUAGCCCUGUCUUUCAUUUUUGUUCAUUGAUUUCACCUGUGUUAGUUACUCACCUGGUCUCAUCAGCUCCUUAUUUAGUUCAGUUCAUUCUGUUUGUGCCUUGUGAGGUAUUGUUCAUUUUUGACUCUACUAAACCUUUUCCAAGCUCGUUUGUGAGAACCAGUUAUAGCCUUCAGUCCUAGUUUUGAUUCACCUGCCUGUUUGCCUACCGGUGUAUGACCAUUGCCUGCUUGUGCCCACGAUUCCUGCCUUCUGCGAAGGCGAAAUAAACACCAGCUGCGCUCUGCGCGUGAAUCUACACCUUUUUCAUUACAUCUAUCAUAAUCCGUUCAAAAGUUAUUGCGUUUUUACCCUUGUAGGAAGGCCAAAAUUAGCCUGAAUAAAUCAAUGGAGGCCAGAGAAGAAAAGUUGUAAAAAAAUAAGGUGAAUUACAAUGCAUUGUGUCAGCUAGGCUGGAUGCUGUGCAAUAAUGAAGUACCUGACAGGCUCACUUUCCCAUUGAACUCAUCAUCUUUCUUAUCGAAUCCGCAGGACAUAAAACAAUAUAGAGGUAAGAUAUAAACUCAGCAAAAAAAUAAACAUCCCUUUUUCAGGACCCUGUCUUUCAAAGAUAAUUUAAAAAAAUCCAAAUAACAUCACAGAUCUUCAUUGUAAAGGGUUUAAACACUGUUUCCCAUGCUUGUUCAAUGAACCAUAAACAAUUAAUGAACAUGCACCUGUGGAACGGUUGUUAAGACACUAACAGCUUACAGACGGUAGGCAAUUAAGGUCACAGUUAUGAAAACGUAGGACACUAAAGAGGCCUUUCUACUGACUCUGAAAAACACCAAAAGAAAGAUGCCCAGGGUCCCUGAUCAUCUGCGUGAAUGUGCCUUAGGCAUGCUGCAAGGAGGCAUGAGGACUGCAGAUGUGGCCAGGGCAAUAAAUUGCAAUGUCCGUACUGUGAGACGCCUAAGACAGCGCUACAGGGAGACAGGACGGACAGCUGAUCGUCCUCGCAGUGGCAGACCACGUGUAACAACACCUGCAUAGGAUCGGUACAUCCGAACAUCACACCUGCGGGACAGGUACAGGAUGGCAACAACAACUGCCCGAGUUACACCAGGACCGCACAAUCCCUCCAUCAGUGCUCAGACUGUCCACAAUAGGCUGAGAGAGGCUGAACUGAGGGCUUGUAGGCCUGUUGUAAGGCAGGUCCUCACCAGACAUCACCGGCAACAACGUCGCCUAUGGGCACAAAACCACCGUCGCUGGACCUGACAGGACUGGCAAAAAGUGCUCUUCACUGACAAGUCACGGUUUUGUCUCACCAGGGGUGAUGGUCGGAUUCGCGUUUAUUGUCGAAGGAAUGAGCGUUACACCGAGGCCUGUACUCUGGAGCGGGAUCGAUUUGGAGGUGGAGGGUCCGUCAUGGUCUUGGGCGGUGUUUCACAGCAUCAUCGGACUGAGCUUGUUGUCAUUGCAGGCAAUCUCAACGCUGUGCGUUACAGGGAAGACAUCCUCCUCCCUCAUGUGGUACCCUUCCUGCAGGCUCAUCCUGACAUGACCCGCCAGCAUGACAAUGCCACCAGCCAUACUGCUCGUUCUGUGCGUGAUUUCCUGCAAGACAGGAAUGUCAGUGUUCUGCUAUGGCCAGCGAAGAGCCCGGAUCUCAAUCCCAUUGAGCACGUCUGGGACCUGUUGGAUCGGAGGGUGAGGGCUAGGGCCAUUCCCCCCAGAAAUGUCCGGGAACUUGCAGGUGCCUUGGUGGAAGAGUGGGGUAACAUCUCACAGCAAGAACUGGCAAAUCUGGUGCAGUCCAUGAGGAGGAGAUGCAUUGCAGUGCUUAAUGCAGCUGGUGGCCACACUAGAUACUGACUGUUACUUUUGAUUUUGACCCCCCCUUUGUUCAGGGACACAUUAUUCAAUUUCUGUUAGUCACAUGUCUGUGGAACUUGUUCAGUUUAUGUGUCAGUUGUUGAAUGUUAUGUUCAUACAAAUAUUUACACGUUAAGUUUGCUGAAAAUAAACGCAGUUGACAGUGAGAGGGUGUUUAUUUUUUUGCUGAGUUUAUAUAUUUUUUUCUAGCUCCUCAACAGUCAGAACCCCACCUUGGGCCAGCCUCCUCAGGACUGGGACCCUCAACACUUCUGGGAGGACGUUUGUCUGCGCCUCUUCUCCAGGUAAUCAUCUUGACCCAAAUUAUACAGUUCACACUCUCUUUUGAGAUUAUUUUUGCUGAACUGCUCGUAUAGUUUAAAACAAUAUUAAUUUAAUACAAACUAUCUGAUCUCUCUGUGUUUUAGUGCUGAUGGUCAACAGAUGGAGUUCCAUGGUUCUGAGCUGACCAGCCUGUGUCUCCUGGCCCUGGCGAGGGACGAGAGGCUCCUGUUGAGCCCCAAUCUGGACCCUCCUGGCCUGAAGGCCCUGUCCUCCCCCACGGCCUGGUGCUGGUAGCAGUAGCAGGGACCAUACACAGAGACACUGUCUGUCUGGGAGUCUAUGAACAGGUGUUUGGCCUUAUCCGCUCCCCACUAGAACAGAACAGCUGGAAGAUCAAGUUUGUCAACCUGAAGAUCAGGGGGCAGGAUGCCCUGGAAGGAGCAGAGGAACUGGCCUCGCCUGCGCUGACCUGUAGCUCCACUGAACUACAGCUGCUCUGCAGAUGAUCAGGGACCUGGGGUGCAUGCCAAUAUUCUAAGUGUCUUCCUCUCCUCUUCUUCAUCUGCACUGUUUCGAAAGAACUUGACAAGUGAAAGUAGAUUGCUGGUGUAGCCAUCAACCAUAUUGCUUUCACCUAUCCUGGGUUUUUAGGUCAAUGCAGAUGAAGGAGAGGAGACGAGGAGAGAGCCACUUCAGAUUAUUGAGAUCCACACCUGGUGUCACCAAGAUCAGGGCUCUGCUCUGUAGACAAUAAGGGAGUGGUGGUUAGAGAUAUGCUUGUGAGAGACGUGAGAAUGAAAGCCAAAGUGCACUCAAUACAUUAUGCAAGUAAUGUAAUUGUCAUGAUGGGGUAAACAUACAUUUUAUGCUUUGUUUUCUUCAACAAUACUAUAAAGUGAGUUAUUAUUUACUGCUGCAUCAAGAAGACAAAUACAUUUAAAAUGUUGCUAUUAAUACAGUAUUCCAGGAUAUGUUUCAACGUGACCAAGACAAAGGAGAUGAUUGUGGACUACAGGAAAAAAAAGAGGACUGAGCACGCCCCCAUUCUCAUCAACGGGGCUGUAGUGGAACAGGUUGAGAGCUUCAAGUUCCUUGGUGUCCACAUCACCAACGAACUAUCAUGGUCCAAACACACCAAGACAGUCGUGAAGAGGGCACGACAAAGCCUAUUCCCCCUCAGGAGACUGAAAAGAUUUGGCAUGGGUCCUCAGAUCCUCAAAAAAUUCUACAGCUGCACCAUCGAGAGCAUCCUGACUGGUUGCAUCACCACCUGGUAUGGCAACUGCUUGGCCUCCGACCGCAAGGCACUACAGAGGGUAGUGCGUACGGCCCAGUACAUCACUGGGGCCAAGCUUCCUGCCAUCCAGGACCUCUAUACCAGGCGGUGUCAGAGGAAGGCCCUCAAAAUUGUCAAAGACUCCAGCCACCCUAGUCAUAGACUGUUCUCUCUGCUACCGCACGGCAAGCGGUACCGGAGUGCCAAGUCUAGAUCCAAAAGACUUCUCAACAGCUUCUACCCCCAAGCCAUAAGACUCCUGAACAGCUAAUCAUGGCUACCUGGACUAUUUGCACUGCCAUCUUUUUCAAUUAUUUAUGCAUAGUCACUUUAACUCUACCCACAUGUACAUAUUACUUCAACUACCUCAACUAGCCGGUGCCCCCGCACAUUGACUCUGCACCGGUACCCCCCUGUAUAUAUAGCCUCCCUACUGUUAUUUUAUUUUACUUCUGCUCUUUUUUUCUCAACACUUUUUUGUUGUUUUAUUCUACUUUUUUAUUAAAAAUAAAUGCACUGUUGGUUAAGGGCUGUAAGUAAGCAUUUCACUGUAAUGUCUGCACCUGUUGUAUUCGGCGCAUGUGGCCAAUAAAAUUUUAUUUUAUUUGAUGUUUUGGUUUACUCUCCAUGUAAUGGGAAAAGCUUUCUUGGUUGGUGCAGGAAUGUGUGGUAUCCACGAUUCUUCUGUUCUCUCAUUUGAGCUGUUUUCCCCUCAAUGACCUGGGAUCUGUGCCUGAUCUAAAAUAGUCUAUAAGCAAGCAGAAGCAUGCCUCUAUCAUUUGUAACUGUAUUAUAUUUUAAAUAUGUAUUAUACCUGUACGAAAAAGAAAUACAAUUUCUGGUGUACUGUUUGCUUCACUCUGUAGCACCUGUUAUGUAUAUAAUCAUAAUAUUAACUGUAUUGAUCUUGAUCAGGUAUGUGACUUAUUUAGCUAGUCCUAUACGGUCUCUUUCUUUCUCAUGUGCUUUAUGUUACCUUUCCUGCCUCGCCUCCAGACCGUAGUCCAGGGCCAGCGCAAUGUAUGCUCUGGGGUAAUUCCCACAUUUGGGGAUCUUAUCCGCUGCUAAUGACGAGUUAGUCUGGAAUUUCACUGAAGUAGUUGACAUUUAUUAAACUUUUACACCAUGUGAGGUAGUCUGUACUGGGCUAACGGAGCAAAAAGAGCGUGGCUCACAGUUCGGCUACAUCUAUGCCACCACAACAAUUGCAUCAAAAACGAAAGUUAACUUACUACGUUACCCAUAAUGCACUUUAGUGUUUCAAAGCUAUACCCCUACUUUACCAACAUUUAUAUAGGCUUAAAUUCCACCGAAGUUGCAUAACUUUUCAACAUUUUGUACAAUAAUUGUGCAGUAGUAGACCACCAAUACAUUGGUUAAUAAACCAAAUAUUUAGCGUUUUGUACAGAGGUUACCAUGGUUUCUUAUUUUCGGAAUUGAAACUGAAAGUUCCUAGAUAUGCUCUGUUGAAACGGAAAUGGUUAGAUUGUCAUUACUGCUGGCAUGAUCUGACAGCAAGUUGCUACGAAAAGUUUAAGCACCCAUUUCUGAUUUUAAAUUAGCUCUUUAGUUUUGAAGAUGUCAAGAUUGAAUUACAAGGAGAGAUAUGGUUGCAGACAGCUUUUGGGGAUGAUGACAGAGGAUGACAUAUCCUCACUUCGAUUUACUGUCACUAAUAAAAAGACAGAUCUUUUCGAGACCACAUCAGGUAGGGUCGGGAGUAAAGUUUUUUUAAAAGCUAGAAUCCUUAGUUGCUACAUCCAUAUUUGGAUUUAUAAAUUAAUAAUAUAUACCCAUUGAUUCUUGAAGAAUAUAACUUAUAAAUGUCUCAUGAGCUUUAGUUCAGCAGUUGUACCCCAUCAGAAACCAAAGUAUAAGCUUGUUUUACUCUAAUGUUUGUAAACAAUGUAAACGGAAACAAACAUUGUAUAGCCUAAAAAAUAUAUAAUUUUAAUAUCAUGGAUGGUCAGUCGUUGCAUCCAUAGAUCUGAAUUUGUGAGUGGUUACAUUUCUCCAGGGCCAUCCCUCAGCUUUUUACCAAAACAGAAGUGGGGUGUCCGAUUUGUAUUUCUUUCAUUUAAGGAUUCAAGCUUUAAAAACAUCUGUAUUAAAACAUGUGAAUACAUUGUUAUACAAUUAGUUAAUUUAGCCUGCAAUGCAAAGUUUUAGAUCAUGUGGAUAAAAUGUAAUUGCAAAUAAACAAAAAGUGCACCUUCUUAGCUCCAUGUAUUAAAGGUAGACCCAGCAAUAUCAUCAUAGCAGGGUGACUAUUUGCAGACAUCAACAUCAACAACAGAAUUCAUGUACAUGCCAUUGCCAAGAUUGCCAGACAGUUCUUGUGCCCUACCUUGAGGCAUACCCUAUACUCACAUCACCAGAUAAAUCAUGUUUGAUGACUUUCAAACCAUGGGUGUAUUCAGAAUUUGUCGUGUUGUAAAAAAGUAUUUCCAUAAUUUACCAAUGAAUAUCCAGUGGUGGUGUGAAAAGCUUUAUCUGUAAUUAUGCUGCUCAGAAAUAUGAUAUCUCAUUAGAGUCCUUGGGUCGUAUGCUUAUGUUACAGAAUCAAUUGAUGCCAUCCUUUCAAACACAGAGAAUGCAGAGGCAUUCCUGAAACGCAGGAAAGUUCAACGUGACUUCAUAUUCAGAUACCUGACGGAGGACGAGGGGGUUGUGAUACCCAAAAACAGCAACAAAGACCAGCUAGUGAAGAAGGCUCUUGAGGUCUGGACUAUUGAGAAGGUAUUUUUGGAGCAGAUACAUUUGGACACGUAGGGAACUAAGAGAUAAGGUAAAUAAACCAGUUUCUAUUGUCUCAAUUAUCCUCAGGUGCGUCCACAAGCUUAUAAAGAUGUCUCCUUCAGUGCUUUAACAAGAGCAGCAAAUUCUCAGAUCGGAUUUAGGCUUCAAACAGCACAUGUCCCCCCUCAACCUGUCUACUCUAAGCCAAUCUACACAUCCCAGGUAAUAAUAAUAUCAAUCCUAAUUCUAUGGCAAGAAGGCAUGCAGUGUAGAAAGUAAUUUCGCUUCAGUUCUUGAUAAUGCGAAGCUUUGGCCAGAACAGUUAUUCUGUUUUUUAAAGAGAUAUGUUCUUGUCUGUAGAUGUCGGACCUUCAAAGCCCAGCAACUGAGACCAAUCCAGGACCAGCUAUGACUAAUGUGAGACAAAUUGAGACCAGUUUCAGACCAAUUGGUCUGAGAACAAGUGAGAGUGUCUCUGUUUCCUCUGAGGCGACAUACAGUGCUGGCUUUGACCACCUGACCUUGGCCAGACAGUUUUGUCAGUGGUUCUUCCAGCUUCUCAACAGUCUGAACCCCUCCCUGGGCCAGCCUCCUCAGGAGUGGGGACCACAACACUUCUGGGAGGAUGUGAGGCUACGUCUCCUCUCCAGCGCCGGAGAGCAGUAUACAGAGGAGUACGAAGGAGCAGAGAUGGUCAGCCUGCGUCUCCUGGCCCUGGCGAGGGACGAGAGGCUACUGUUGAGCCCCAACCUGGAGCCUGGUGGCCUGAAGGCCCUGUCCUCCCCCCACGGCCUGGUGCUGGUGGCUGUGGCAGGGACCAUCCACAGAGACAGAGAAUGUGUGGGCAUUUAUGAGCAGGUGUUUGGCCUGAUAUGCUCCCCACUGGACCAGAACAAAUGGAAGAUCAAGUUCAUGGUCAUGAAGAUGAGGGGCCAGGAGGCUCUCAGGGCGGGAGAGAUGCUGCUGUCUCCAAUAUUAACAUGGGAUUCCAACGACCUGCAGCUCCUCUGUAGAUGA